UGGCGGUAAUGCACGUUCCAUGCAAAUUAACAGCCUCCAGUACACCAUCGAUGAAGAAGAAGAAGAAGAAGAAGUUUGUUUUCCAAGAUGACGGAAACCAACGCAUCGCCAGAAGAUCUUUGGAUCAAACAGGCAGACAGCGCUUUCAGCGACAACGGAUUUGAGCACAGCUUCUUUGCAGAGGACACGAGGAAAGGAAGUGUGGUCUCCAGAGCCAACAGCAUCGGUUCCACCAGUGCCUCAUCGGUGCCGAACACAGACGAUGAAGACAGUGACUACAGACACGAGGGGUCCUACAAGGGGACGUACAAGGACCGCCGCAGGCAGGCGCACACACAGGCUGAGCAGAAACGCCGGGACGCCAUCAAGAAAGGCUAUGACGAUCUCCAGUCAAUAGUGCCCACUUGCCAGCAGCCAUCAGAGUUUGCCAUGGGGACACAGAAGAUCAGUAAGGCGACCGUCCUACAGAAAACAAUUGACUACAUCCAGUUUCUGCAUAAAGAGAAGAAGAAGCAGGAAGAGGAAGUGUCCACACUACGAAAGGAAGUGAUGGCACUGAAGAUCAUGAAAAUGAAUUAUGAGCAAAUUGUGAAAGCGCACCAGGACAAUCCACAAGAGGGUGACAGCCAGGUGUCAGACCAGGUGAAAUUUGGAAUAUUCCAGAACAUCAUGGACUGCCUCUUCCAGUCCUUCAGCGCCUCUGUCUCGGUAACCAGCUUCCAGGAGCUGUCAGCCUGCGUCUUCAGCUGGAUUGAAGAGCACUGCAAGCCCCAGACGCUGCGGGAGUUUGUGGUGGGUGUACUUCAGCAGAUGAACGGCCAGCUUUACUGACACAUGCAGCAGGAUCUGUGGGGCCUUCAGGGAGAACAGCCUGGCCCCGCCUCGAUGUUUCUGCUCCAGCCCACAGCCCACAGACGGUCCCCUGGGGCCCACUGGCUCGCCAUGUGCCCACAGCUCUUACCCGCUUAAAGUCAUUGAUGUUCCAGGUGCAAAAGACCGCUGGUGACAGUCGGGCACCUCUGAAACCUCCAGGACUGCAGUUGCCCAGGCCUGGCCUCUUGAGAAGAGUUCUGCAGCAUGUCCAGCCACUCUGUGGUACUCCAUGUGUUCAGCAGUCAGUGUUCCUGUUUUACCUCUCAUGCUGUUUCCUCAGGCUCAGCUUCCUCAUUUGAUAGACUGCGGGGGAGUCUGGCGGCGUGAUUCUCUGUUCUCCCUUUUCUUUGUUUCUCAAGGGUUUCUAUUGAUCUGCAUACUUUAGAGGGUUAAUUAAGUUUCCCCAUCAUCACUCCCGGUAUUCAGAUAACUAUAAACACACAUAUCUACACAUCUGUGUCAAUAUGCCUGCAUUUGUGAAAUAGGGCCCUGGUCACGAACUACUUGUUUGUAAGAUCAUACAGCACAAUGUACAAAAAUCGUUGGCAUCUGCCACACGCCAACGUGACACCCCUGGGAGGGAGAUGCGGCAGUGCCGGGGAACGCCGUUGGUUGCCGCAUGGAGAGAGAGAGAGAGCGAGAGAGAGAGAGCCCACCUUCCCGGCCAGGUCCAGCUCCUCCAACAUCCCAGUUGAGGAUUCCUUUCUUUUUCCUCGAAUACAAUUCCACAAAUAAAACAAAACUAAAAUCAUAAAUGAAACUCAAAUAAAGAAACACGCUCUCGGUGUGAGCUCCUGGUCUCGGCCCGGAACUGUGGAGAGCAGCACACCUUUAAGCACCUGGGCUGAUUAGCUAACUCAACCCAGGUGUGUGUGCUCUCUCCACCAGCUGGUGCAGCCAAGAGCAAUCCGCCUCUCCAGCGGACUGAAUACUACACACCUCCACCUCGAGAAUUCAGUCGAAGGCUAAUUCGAUCUACGCCGAGACCGCUCCCUCUCGGGUUUCAGCACCAAAACAUCACGCACCACAACACACCCCUUUUGUUGACAGAAGCGUUGCACACAGGGAGAUACGGGAAUUCUGGAAUUUUAUUUAAAUGUUUAUUUAAUUUGUCGAGAGAGAGCGAUUUAAAACGGAAACAAAACAUCUUCACCCUUCACCCUCACGGGAUCCAGGUUAAAACAACGAAACAUUACAAACUAAAAUAACAAAGACAAAACAAAACAACCAGACUACAGCAGCUUUCCAGCUCCUUGGUGCCGCUAUCUCACGCAGUUUCCUCUCUCGGACUAUGGAUUCCCCGGUCACAGCCACCUACUGGGAAAAGAGUACAUUUUAAAUAUCCAGACUAAUUGCUAAUACACUCCAGGUGCGUGUAGCCACUGAACCAGUGGCUGAACCUGUGCCCUGAACCUGUCCCAGAAGCAUCAUACUUUGAACAUCAAUUUACACGUUCAUGGCAUGUUUUUGGAAUGCUCCCAGCUUUGGCCACAAUUCCUUAUACAGUAUGAACUGCUGUUCGGAAAAAACUGGCAGAUUACCGGCUCUGUUGCUCAUGUAGCUUGGUUGUAAAUUGGUUCCAAUGUUUGUCAGUGGGAUUUAAGUCUGGCCACAAGAAGUGAAUACAGUCUUAAAUACACACUGUUUGUUGGUAGGAAUGAAGCAGGUCAUGAUUUUCAAAGCAUUUUACUGAUGUGAACAAGAGAAUUUAAUAUUUUUAUGGCUGUUAUUUGUAACUACAAUUAAAGAAAGUUUAAGGUUUA